AUGCGACCGAAUACACAAAGAAUAAACACACUACCGUUUUAUAUCAGUCUACUAUUGGGUGGCUUACUAAUUCUUUUUACUUUGAAAUCCUACACCUCGAAAUUAAAUGGCCCCGAUAAACCUAGCUGUCGAGUGGUUUGGAUGUAUCCAUCCUACAUCAAAAUCAAUUCCUUUGAUCAACUGCAUACCAAAUACGCUUCGAAAUAUUCAACAUACUUGUAUCGAGAACAGGGUAGGGAUAAGUUACCUUCCGAUGAAGGAGAUAAUGAUGCUGUUUCGAGCAUGGAAUUAGAAGGAGUACCGGUUUUAUUCAUACCGGGAAAUGCUGGUAAUCAUAGACAAGCAAGAUCAAUUGCAGCAAGGACAUCAGAACUAUAUUAUGAGAUGAACGAUAGUGGUGGACGAGAAGGAAGAAGAUCAUUCAAGACAAGACUUGAUUUUUUCACGCUUGAUUUUAAUGAAGAUUUCACAGCAUUCCAUGGUCGAACUAUACUAGAUCAAGCAGAAUAUGCCAAUGAAGCAGUUAAAUUCAUAUUGGAUCUAUAUUCGAAUCGACCACAUCCACCGAAAUCAGUCAUUGUUGUCGGCCAUUCCAUGGGUGGCAUAGUUGCGCGAAUAAUGAUGACCUUGCCUGAUUACCUACCCAAUUCAAUUGAAAAUAUAAUAACUUUAAGUUCACCGCAUUCAACAUCCCCAUUGACUUUUGAUGGUGACUUGUCAACUGUUUAUUCAGCAGUGGAUAAGUUUUGGUAUUGUGGGUUUACCAAUUGUUCCAGCUCUAGCUCCUCCUCAUCCAAAUCAAAUCAAUUGGCGAGGGUGGCUCAUGAUAGGUUGCAUAAUGUGGCAUUAAUUUCCAUCACUGGUGGGGCAUUGGACUCAACAUUACCGGCAGAUUAUACAACCUUAGGUUACCUUGUUCCCAAAACCAAUGGAUUCACUUCGUUUUCCACGGGGAUGCCCCAAGUAUGGACCCCCAUUGAUCAUUUGGCCAUUGUAUGGUGCCAACAAUUACGAACAAGGAUUGCAUUGGCAUUACUUGAAUUGACCAGUCUUGCUGAUGGUGAGAAUACGCUAAGAGAUCGAAUGAGAGUAUAUGAACGAUAUUUCCUAACUGGGUUUGAAGAUUAUGUGACUGAAGAUAAGCGAUUACCUGUUGUUUCAAAAGAGGAUGCAUUUGGGGGAGAGAUGGGGCAAAUGAAUAAUAAACUCGAGGAAGAUGUGAUUUAUACUGGCAAACAACUUGGCUCACGCAACUUGUUGACUUUGGAUAAAGAUAAAGACUAUCAAUUUACUUUAUUAUCAUCAGUCCCAUUACAGAGCUUAACACAGGACCAUCAGGACCCACAAUUAUCAGUGGGAUUAUUUAAUAAAGAAGGAGAUGGCGCUGUGAAAGACGUGUCAUCAUUACAAGCCACAAUCCCUAACUUCAGUAAAGAUGCGAGCGAUGUAUCUGAUUCUUCAUAUGAUGGACCUAAACAGCCAUAUUACAGUUUAGUGUUGAAUUCAACCAUGUUGAAACAAUAUUCUUCUAUUUUGUUAACCCUACCACAAUAUCAACAAAGUUCAGACAUAUAUUGUCAAUUAUCGACCAAGCGGACACAUUACUCAUUGAAUAAAGGCGGCAAUGGUGUUUUAUCAUGGUUUAAAUUUUUCACAAAGGGUCAUUCAAUUAGCUUGCCUUCAAAUCGACUAUUAUUGACAAAUUUCAAAAUCCCUCAAGCAUGGAGUAGUUUAUAUGUUUACAAGUUGAAAUUGACUAGUGGUGGCUAUAAUCAAAAUCUAAAUGGACACUAUUUCAAUACAUUUAUACGACAAUGGACUGAAGAUCCGUUUGAAAGUAAAUGGUUUAUUAACGUUGGGAAGGACAAGAAAGAAGAUAGUUUACAGUUGACUAUGCAUGGAAUAUCUCCUUUUGUUCCAUACAAAACACAAUCUGAUUAUGGGUUGAAUUUACAAAUGUGGUCCAGCGGUGAUGGUAGUGGAAGCGGAAAAAUAAAAGGAAAAAUGAGACGCCUACCAGUUAUAGACAUCAAUGUGUCCAUUGAUGUCGGUGCUAGUUUGAAAUUAUUGAUUCUACGUUACAGAAUCACUAUCGUGGCGAUGAAUAUUGCUAUAAUCUGUCUUGUUUUAGUGGUACAAUUUGGUCAAUAUGGUAAUGGUAGUAAGACGGGUAAAUCGUUCCCAUCAUUUGAUCAACUGUUGAUAUACUUAAAUGCAAGAUAUUGGUGGGUGAUUGUAUUGGGAUUGAUAUUGGCCAAUUAUGUAAUCAAUAUACCUAUUGUCAAUAAGGUGUUGCAUUAUGUUGAUCCAGUGGUUUUACAAGAUUAUAACAAGUUUCUUAUUACCAACAAUGAAGGUGAUGGCAAUGAGUCCCAAUUUAGAUCAAAUGGGUUGUACUUGGGAUUGACCCAAAGCAUUUCCAUAAUUGGAGUAUUGUUAUACUUGUGUUGUAAUUUCGCCAUCUGGAUAACUUAUAUUAUAUUGAUUGCAAUGGGCACAGUGAUAAAUUAUGGAGUUAGGUUAUACCCAACUAGAUUUAGAGUCAAAUCGACUAGAACAAGAUCAAUGUUGGUUAAAGUUCAACUUUAUUUCAUGGUGGUUGUGGUGUUGUUGAUCCCCGUAUAUUUGCCGUAUCAGAUUGUAUAUUUGAUUUGCUGUAUUCAUCAAGUGAUUAAUGUGUUGAAAGAUUGGCCAUUAUCAAGAAGAAGAGGAAAAGGAGGAGAUAAAAUAGCAGCAGCGGCAACAACAACAAAUACAUCAGUAACAAGUGGUGAAGAAGAGGACGAAAUAAGAGCAGUUUCAUUGCUCAAUUAUCAAGCAUCGUGGUUAAUGUUGAUGUUAUGGAUAUUACCUAUAAAUGUCCCCAUUUUGAUUGUGUUUAUUCACAAUUUACAAUUGAGUUGGCAAACUCCAUUUAGUAGUCAUCAUAAUUUACUUUCAAUAUUGCCCAUUUUAUUAAUGACUUACUAUAAUAGCCACAACCAAAACAAGAAAAAGAAAGGAAGUAAUGGCGGCGGUGAUGCCAGUGGUGGCGGUGGAUGUAUAUUACCUAGAUUGAGUUACAAUAGUACAAGACUAGUUCAAAUUGGAGUGGGAUAUAUUGCUAUUUAUUCAUUAUGGUAUGGAAGUAGACAUACUUUUUAUAUCCAUCAUUUGUUUAAUUUGUUGUGUUGUUUGAUUUGGAUUGUGUUUUAUUCAAGUGGUGGUGGUAAUAGUAAUAGUACGGGUGGGUACAUUAACAAUGGGGAAGAUGGUGGUGGUGGUGGUGGCGGCUUUAAAGAGGAUGGAUUGGGUUUGAAGUUGAGUUGA